AAAGAGCAGUUGAAAGUUGAAAGUUGAAAGUUGAAAGUUGUGUAGUGAAUAAGAUGGGUGUAGACAAAGGGAAGAAGCAAAAAGUGGAUGAAGAUAACAACAUUGAUGGUGACCUUGUUUUUUCCAUUGAAAAGUUGCAAGAAAUUCAAGACGCGCUUGAGAAGAUUAAUGAAGAGGCAAGUGAUAAAGUAUUGGAAGUGGAACAGAAGUACAAUGAGGUCCGCAAGCCUGUCUAUGAUAAGCGAAACAACAUCAUUAAAGCUAUUCCAGAUUUCUGGUUGACUGCUUUUUUGAGCCAUCCUGUCCUAGGUGAACUUCUAACUGAAGAAGACCAAAAGAUCUUCAAGUUUCUAAGUUCCAUUGAAGUGGAAGAAUCUAAAGAUGUGAAGUCGGGCUAUUCUAUCACCUUUAACUUCAGUGCAAAUCCUUAUUUUGAAAAUACAAAGCUCUCAAAGACCUAUACCUUCCUUGAAGAUGGACUGACAAAGAUAUCUGCUACAACAAUAAAAUGGAAAGAAGGCAUGGGCAUUCCUAAUGGAGUUGCUCAUGAGAAGAAAGGAAACAAGCGAUCUCAUGCUGAGGAAAGCUUCUUUACAUGGUUCAGUGAAGUCAAUCAAAAAGAUGAGGAUGAGGAUGAGGCUUUAGAGAUUCAGGAUGAGGUUGCUGAGAUAAUUAAGGAUGACUUGUGGCCGAACCCGCUCACUUAUUUUAACAAUGAGCCUGAUGAAGAAGAUUUCGAUGGGUACGAGGGUAAGGAGAGUGAAGGCUCUGAAGACGAUGAGGAGGACGAAGAUGGCGAUGAAGAAUGAAAGUAGUUGGAACACCUAUCUUUUCAUAGGCUAUCAUCUUCAAUGUUUUAAUCAUUGGGGUUUGGUGUCUGUAAAGAUCUAAAAGAUAAAAACUUACAGUGGUGACUAUACUUUUUCUUCUUCUACUUGUAUGGUUGGUUAUAAGAAAAUAUCUAAUUUCAGAGGUUUCA